CAACGCUUACAAACACACAACAUCCCUCUAAACUAUUAGGGGUUCAAUUCAGCAUCUCGCUGUCGCACCAAAGACCCACGUCGGUGCGCAAAGCUUGCAAACACGAUCAAGAAAAUGUCGCCUUCCGAGAACGAGUUUAACAUCCCGGCCAAAAAUUGCCACAGGAUGGUGAUUCUGGGCUCUACAAAAGUUGGCAAGACGGCCAUCAUCUCUCGAUUUCUGAAUAAAAAAGUCGAGGACCAGUAUACGCCCACAAUCGAGGACUUUCAUAGGAAAUUAUACAGCAUUCGGGGAGAUGCGUACCAGUUGGACAUUCUGGACACCUCUGGAAACCAUCCCUUCCCCGCUAUGAGGAGACUCUCUAUCCUUACUGGUAAGCUUAACUCUGAACUAACAAAACAAAUAAUAUGAAUGAAAGCAACACUGGAAAUUACAGCUACAUCGAAAUUAAAUGUAUGGGAUUUUUAAAAUCAUGCAUGCAAUAAUGCUCUAUGCAAAACUUGUAUUGUACACAUUUAGCCUAGGCCUAUGUAAUUAUGGACUUUUUGAGCUGCGAUAUUAACGUGCCUUCCCUUGCUCUUUCAGGUGAUGUUUUCGUCCUGGUGUUCAGUCUGGAUAACAGAGACUCCUUCCAAGAGGUGCAGCGCCUGAAGCGUCAAAUUUAUGAGACCAAGUCCUGCCUGAAAAACAAAACCAAGGAGAACGUGGAUGUCCCGAUCGUUAUCUGCGGGAACAAGUGUGACCGGGAGUUUAACCGGGAGGUUCAGAAUGAGGAGAUUGAGCAGCUGGUGGUUGGUGAUGAACAGUGUGCCUACUAUGAGAUCUCUGCAAAACGGAACACUAAUGUCGACCAGAUGUUUCAGACUCUUUUUACCAUGGCUAAACUGCCCAACGAGAUGAGCCCGGACUCUCACCGCAAAGUUUCCUUACAGUAUUGCGAAGUGCUGCAAAAUAGCAGAAGAAAAUCUUUCAGAAAUAAAAAAUUCAAAGACUGCGAGGCAUACGGAAUUGUGGAACCAUUCGCGCGCCGACCAAGCGUGCACAGUGACUUAAGGUACAUAAAAGAGAAAGCUAUAGGCGGCGGACAGAGCAAACAAAGUUGCACCAUCAGCUAAGCAAUUUACUGACAAUAUGCAGGAGAAUUGUUACGAAAUACAGCGAUAGGGAUGAUACCCGCCAGGCUUCUCGCCAGUGUGCGGAGUCCAGGAUAACGCAGCACCCCAAGGCGCAGUGACAGCAAGGGGGUGUAUCCCAAACCAUGCCAGGACACGCCGAGAGGGUGCAUGACAUGGUCAGUCCGUCAGACAUUUCCCUGUGGAGUCAGGACUCUCAAAUGUGAUGUGGCUUUAGAGAACCUACAGUAAGGUAGUCUCUUCUUGCCAACUACAGGCUGUAAAAUCUGCCUCUCCCGAAUGGAGAAUGGAGCCUUUACCUUGUUUACAUUUAGCUAUUAUUAUUAUUAUUUUUAUAUGGAAGUUAACUUGAACCUUAAUUGCAUUAUGAAC